GAAAGAAGUUGCUAGCUAGCUGGCUAGUAAGAGGACUGGAGAGGAACGACCUGUGUGUUCUCUUGUGGGAGAACGAAUAUUUGCACACUUGCUUAAGUAAUUCUGGUAACUAAAUCGUUAUUUUAUUUUGUUAAAUACAGUGAAAUCAUUUUAUCUAUCGUAUUUCGAGUGUUUAAACCCGUAAAUACUAAUCACGUUAUGUAAUGCUAUUCUAUAGCUAACAUUUCCUAGGCCAGAAAAGCCCUUCAAAAGAACGUUUCGUCUGUAGCUAGCUCGAUCGUUAAUCGACAAUGUUUAACUUUUUGAUAAUUAUAUUUAUCUACGUUCGCUAAAUACGCAGUCGAAUAUCAAGUAAGCGAACUAGUUCGCGAGUUGGCUACAGCUUCUACUUUCUAUUUUUGUAACUAGCUAACAUUAGCUAACCGACUAGCUAACUAUAGCUAACGUUGUCGGAGUUAAUACAGUAAUUAACUAGCUUGCCAAUGUUCAGGAAAUCAGUGGUGAAAGUAACAAAAGUGAAUAGCUCGUAUUUGUUAGCUAGCUUGUCAUCUCAGACAGUUUCUUAUUUGAUUAACGUUACAGUACAGUAACGUUAAAUUAAUGUUAGCUACUGCGGUUGUUGAAAAACGCACAACUAGCUACUCUCAGUAGCUAAUUCCUGGUACACCGUUCCAUUUAUUUACGUGGGUUGGGUAUCUGUGAUCUGAUGUUUUUGUUUUAAGCUUGCUAUCGUUGGUAGAUACAGGCAGGUGACAAAUUAAGAAGGAAAAACCUUAAAAGUGAUGUCUGCGUUUAGAUCCGUGGGAAGUUGCGGUCGGACCGCACGGUGUCGUGACCGUGAUGCUCGAGCAUUUGUGCGAUACGUAAGGAUAAACUAUUCCUCAGGUAACGAUAAAUGUCAAUGUCAAUGCGGGACGUGAUCAGACUCAUCAGGAACAGUCCGUCGGCAACUGAAUAGAGAGGGCUAUUAUUACAUUUCGUGUAUUUAGCUAUCUAAAAUACGCGCAUACCAAAGGUAGUAAUAACUACAGAAAACUGGUCGGAUAAGGUACAAUUUGCAUGAAGAAUCAGUCACCUACAGCCAUGCACAUCAAGUCUACUUCGCAAGGUAAAACACAGGCUAAGUCAGUCGGUGCAGUAUGUCAAACUAGCAAAGCAUGAUAAAUAAAUAUAGUACCACGAUGGAUACAAAUUCAACGCAAGAGUGCUAGAUAAAGAUGCAAAGUACAACAAGAAGGGGCAAAAAGAAGAGAGAAGUGGUACUAGCUUAGGGGGGAGUCAUGCAGAGUAGUGUUCCAGCUGGUCAACAUAAUGUCAGAUGAGGUGUCGGUGGAAAAUGGGCUGUGACUGAGAAGUUACUUGAGGAAUGGGGAACUGUCAUUCUACCACUAGGGAGCUAGUGUGGAGAAGCUCCAUGGUCGGGACGUGCAAAAACCACUGACCCGGCAGAGUAGUCGGGCUGGUGUGGAGGGUUGAAUAAUGUCCUGUGGGUUGGAAGGGAGCUGCAAUGUAGGCCAGAGUCAGAACUUUGCAGCAACUAGCAGCCAGUGGAGUGACCUCAGCGGGGGUGUAGCGUGGGGCAACUUUGGAAGAUUGAAUUUACCGAAUCUAUGACAAAGCACAUGGAAGCUGUUCUCGUUGCUUGUGGUGGCCCAACACCUUACCUUGGUUUUUCCUUUAAUUUGUCACCUGUCUGUGGCUUAGUUACAAUAUCCUAGAAUCCUUUUACUUUGUUUACUCAGUUGCACUAAACAAUAAAAUAUAUUUUCCUCAUUCCUCUAUCAUUAUAUAUUUGUCACACUGAAUAUUUGUCACGUUGAAUUACUUAAAGAUCUUUAGACAAAAUCAAAUAUUCGGUCAUUUGGAGUGGCCUAGUCAAAGUUCUGACUUGAAUCCAAUAAGGAUGCUGUGGCAGGAACUGAAACAAGCAGUUCUGCUAAUGGUUUUACCCCCAGCAAUGUGAAAGGCUGAUAUCAUAUUAGAGAAAGCUUUGGUUGCAGUUAUUGCUACUAGAAGUGGUCCAACCAGUAAAGGUGAAAAUUAUGUUUUCACAUUGGUGUUUUGUAACAUUGUAGUAAAUUACAUUAAAUUAAGUGAAGUAAUUGGAUCAAAUGUGUUUUGUUUCUCCAGUUCCCUUUGUCCAAUAUUACAUUUUGUAUAAAGAUUUUAAACCAUUCAGUGUCACAAAUAUGCAGUAAUAGAGGAAAUCAGGAAUGGGGUAAAUGCUUUUUCACAGCACUGUACCUACUGUUCUGUAGUUCUUGGGUGUUAUCAGCAAAUUGUCAAAUGCUGACUUUCUGUUUAAUGGGGAGGGUAAUUUGUACUAGGUCUUUUGAAAUGGGUUCUGCUCAUGACCCAUCCCAGUAUUAGGAAAACAUAGCAAUAUUAGUUUACACUCCAAAAUGUAGCAAAUUGUUUUACUGCGUUGUUAUUUUAACAAUGUUGCUGUAUUUUCAAGCCGUUGUUCAUGUCUAAACGACAUCAGUGUGGCUUUGCAAGAUGAGCCCCUGCUGCAGCCGAAUGACAGCACAGUAAAAUCAAUACCGUGCUCCGUUUUAAAAAUGCCGUCCAAAUCCAACCAAUUUCUAAUGUUUGUCUUGGUGAAACUUUCUCAUUGCACUUUCACACAGUGCCAAACAAUUGGGUGUGGGACAUAGGAACUGUUGUCCCGUUUGUCUGCAAGGUAGUAUUUGUGUUGCCAUCAUUUUAAAUGUUGGGGAGGUGUUUUUCCUUUUUUUUUUCCUACAUGUAGGUUAAGAAGCAGCGACUUUCCCAUGCCCGAAGAUUUGUGGAUUCAGAUAGAAUUUAUGUAAAAAGGAGAGAAAAAAAAAUAGAUGCCCAGAGGAAGGCUUUUUUUCACCUUUUUGGUUCUUUUCUUUGGUCCCAGAAGCGCAUCCAGCUUCAACCUUUCCCAUAGUUAUCUCCCCAGUACAAGAAGAAAGUGAAGAUCUUUUUUUUUUUCCUCCACUUCCAUUUUUUUUUUUUCAUGCCCCAAAUUUUUUCCCCAUUGGCUGUCUUCUGCCAUUACAUCCAUAGUGAAGAGAUUUCUACACCCACCCCCCCACUCCCAUUAAUAAAAAAAAAUUAAUAAAAAAGGAAUAAAAAGGACUCUUGACCACACCCAUCGGCAUCUAGUGAUUGACAGGCUGAGGGUGAAAGGAACAGCCAAGCUGUUCAGAGAAGGGAGUCUCUUUACGGGCCUUUCUCUCUUAACUCACGGACUGAGUCUUCCUUCAGGACCCCCCCCCCCCAAGGAGGUACCAACGAAGUGCAGCACGAGAAGGGGGAUCCCUGCUCCACCGCUCCAGGUGAACACAGCACCCCGAAAUAUCCCCACCCCACCCCCAGUUUACACUGAGGCACACCGAGCGUCACUACCUCAAUGCCAAUCAGAAAGGUGCCCUUGCAGGCGUGACCUGUCGAGCGCACUGCAGCUCGUAGUGCUUGGCCUGCUUUCGUCAUCGUCGUCGUCAUGUUUGAUUGGAUAGGCUUCGUAUUGGGCCUGUCAGUCAGCCGUAUCCUCGGAGACGCACCGCUGUAAUUUAACGCACCUGUCCUACCACAAGCAGAGAAGCUCCUGUGGAACUAAAGGUCGUUGACCCAGGAAGACUUUGGCCCGGAAUUCGGUUGGACCUGCUGCAAAAGAACCCCCUCUCUUCUUCAGCUCCACUAUGACUAACCAUGGGGAUGACUGCUACUUCUUCUACUACUCCACCUGUGCCAAGGGCGACAGCUGCCCUUUCCGUCACUGCGAGGCAGCCAUGGGCAGUGAGACUGUGUGCAACCUCUGGCAGGAGAACCGCUGCUUUCGCAAGGUCUGCAAGUUUCGGCACAUGGAGAUUAAGAAAAAGCGAAACGCGAUCGCGUGCUACUGGGAGAACCAGCCUGCUGGCUGCCAGAAGCCCCACUGUGCCUUCCACCACGAGAAGCCUCGCAUGAUCGACGGGGUCUUCGUCCCUCCUAGCAAAGCUCCAAUCCCGAGGAAGGAGGUAGAGGAGGAGCCAGUUCCCAUCCCAGACCCAUCCUCCCCGGCCCCCGUGCCCAUCGCCAACCCAGCGAACCCACAGCUCCGUGGGGUCAUCAAAGCCGAGACGCUGGAGAACGUGCCCAGCCCCACCCACCCCCCGGUGGUCAUCAACCCUGCCGAUGAUGAGGACGAAGAUGAGGACGAUCAGUUUUCGGAGGAAGGGGACGAGAACUCGUCUAGGAUGGUGUCGCCUAGGAAACUCCUCUCUAGCCCCAACACAGAUGAUUCCUUAAACUUUGGAAUAAGAACUCUUGAAGAAAUCAGACUGAGGAAAGCACUAAAGGCUAAUCUGAAGAAAGCUGGUCAGACCCCCCCCAGCCAAUCCCAGGGCUCCGAAGUGACCCUUCCAUCUGGGCAGCACAGCAACGGCUCCAGUGGUGAAAAGGAGAACUUCAAAUCCUUUAUCCGACCUUCCCACUUCACUGCCAGGGAUGAUGCCCCGCUGCUGAAUGAGGAGCCGGUGAAACGACGCAUCGCUGAGAGGCUGGGAAAGAGGAAGGGAGCCUUGCCUUCAGAGCAGAUCUUCAUCGUGAAGAAAGAUCUGCCCGCGGUGAGCGAACUGCCACUCAAACGUUCACUUGCUGAGCGCCUGGGAAGAAAGGUGGAGUCACUGGACGAGGAGGCGGAUCCUCUCCCACAGAAAGUGAGGGACCGACUGGGCCUCCUUGCAGAGCCUGCUGCCCCUGACAACGAGACGGAGGUGCAGGCGUCGGGAGAGAUCCGGAUCAAAACUCUGGAGGAGAUCCGACUGGAGAAGUUGGGCAAGUCCCAAGGACAGGGGCCGGUACAGGAGCCCAGUACGGCUGUCACCAAAACCGCCCAAAAAGCCCCCAGCCCCGUGAAGAGGUCCGCCAAGCAUCCGGGAGGCGUCCACAUAAAGACCUUCUCUGAGCUCCUCCGUGAGAGGAAGAAGAAGCAGGAGGAGGAGGAGGCGGCGGCGAAGCACAAGGAGGAGACUCAGAAGGAGGCGCAGAAGAAGGUGGCUGGGGUGGAGCAGUCCGCAAACGGCCGCGCGGCUGGGGGGAGCGAGGCACAUCCACAGGGGGAGGUCCUGGGGAAGGUCCAGGGGAAGAAGACCUCCCUGCCCAGGCCCAGCGAGGUCCGAGUGAAGACCCUGGAGGAGAUCCGCAAGGAGAAGGCUGCCCGAAUGCUGGCUAAAGAGCAGGAGGCGAAGGUGGAGGAGGAGGAGACCCCUGCGCCUCCCUCUGCCCUCCCUAAGAGGAGGAUACUGCGCAUUAACAAGGCCCCAGCGGCCGGAGCAGACGCUGGCAGUAAUCCAACCGCUCCGGAGACCAAUGAGAAACCAGCUGGUGCCAUCGCUGCAGAGAACGGACCUACGAACGGGAGGCGGGACUCACCCGGCGCGGCCGUGAAGGUGAAGACCUUCCAGGAGAUCAUGGAGGAGAAGAGACUGCGUGCGCAGCAGGGGGAGAAGGCAGAGGCCACGGCAGGGGAAGGAGCAUCCUCCAUCCCCCCAGAGCCUUCCUCUCCCCCAUCUGCUCCCAAAGAUGAGCCCCCCUCCAGACCGCUCAGAAAGAGAGCCAGCCCCGCCUCCAAUCCCGCAAAAACCGCCACCCAACCCAAGGCCACGGCCGGUCGCCACGGCGACGCCCUCAAACAGAGAGGACCCGAUCCCGCCACGCUUGCUGCAGGACCCACCCGGGCAGUGUCCCCCUCCCCCCGUGCGGCAGGUGCCAGCUCUCCCCCCGCCAAGCGGAAAGGACCAUCCUCAGAAGGAACUACGCCCCCCAGCCUGGCCCAAGAGGAACCACAGGUGGAGAGGACGCAGGGUCCUGCCCCCAAAAGGGCCCCUGUGCAAACGGCGGAAGCCAAAGUGAGGCCCAAGUUAAAUGUGAAGCCAUCCGUAGUGAAGGCCACCUCCCAGGUGAAGCUGGGUCAGAAACGGAAAGCAUUGGAGAGUCAUCGUUCUGCUGUUGCUGCGGUCAAGCCUCUCAACAGCACCCCCACUGCAGUGGAGAACCAUGCGCAGGAAUCACCCUGCAAGCGCGCUGAUGUGAAAGCUCCAGAGAUGGUGGCUCCUUCGGUAAGUGUGGAGGUGGAUGCCCAGGUUUGCCCUCUGGCUCCCAGGGUCUCCUCCACAGCCACCAGCAGCCCCUCUGAGGCAGAUCUCCACAGAACCGCUGAUGCAGAGUACAGACCUGCCACGCCCGAGCCGGUCUUCACGCCCGCUAAAGAGCCUCCUGCUGCUUCACUGAGCUCCCCGGUGGUGAAGACCCCGGUCCAGCCCAAGACUCGGCGCCAGAGCAUGACCACGCCCCGGGCCCCGGGCCCCUCCACGUUCGACGACCUGGACGAGCUGAUGAACGAGUUCGCCGAUGAUCCACUGGACGGCGAGAUGGAGCUGGACCCCGCCAAGGACGAGGACGACCUCCUGCUGGAGCUCUCUGAGAUGAUCGACAGCUAGGGGCCAGCGCUGUAGUCUGGGCUUCCUGAUCCGACACCUCCUACCACAGAGGAAGAGAAUAGGCUUGAACAUUGAUCCUCUCUCUCUCGCUCUCUCUUAACUUCUGUGCUUGGUAGAUGUUCUGGUGCCCCUCCAUCAAGGAUCAGUGUUGCAUAACUGGGAUCGUUCCUCUCUUCUUUCUCUAUCUGGGGUCUGAUUGUGUGUGUAGGCAAUUCUUUUUCCAUAAAAAAAAAAUUAUGUAAAUGUGAUUUUAUUUUAACUUUGAGAUGUGACACUGCUUUUAAUUUUUACCUGUUUGGUCUAGACCGUUGUGUUCAUCAUUGAUUACCUCUCUCAGUGGUUUCUGCGCAUUUAACAUUUAAAUGCAGAGACUUGAUGUGUUCCCAGAGGGAAUUUUUAUAAUGUGUAUAUAAAGAAACAAAAAAAAAACAAAGAUUUUCAUUUGCUUUGCUUUAUCAUUCCUCAUUUGAAGUGAGGUGUAGAAAGCCACGUUUGGCUGGAAUAGAAAGGUGUAUGCUCUGCCGUAAGUCGUCAUUGGUGUAUUCUUUUACCCCUCAUCCAUUAGUCAGCGGUGAGCAGAUGUAAUUGACACCUGGUGCAAACCUAGGUAGUUGUAUUUCACCGUUCAUUUUCUAUCACUGAAACUUUAGUCUGAACUUUGGUAACUUUGAUGUAAUUUUAAUGGGUUAAACCUGACCGUUUGUAUACUACUUGUGCUGUUAUGUAUGUAUGCUUGAGCCGAAUGUGAUGAACAGAUGAGGUGGUAAAGUCUUGCAGCUCUGCAUCAUGCCCUCUGUAUAUUUUGAGCCCCCCCUCCAUGAAUAUUGCCCUUAAAUCUUGCUCAGAUUUUUUUUCCCCAGUCUGUGACUGUAAAUAGUCUUAUUUCUUAAAUUGAGCAUGGCUGUUUCCAACUGAACCUCUAUAAAGCUUAAGAGACAAUCGAUUGGAGAAAAGUCAUGUAAUGGCACUAGGGUCUGUAUCCAAUGGGGCAGUUAACAAAUCCUGUCGGUUCACAGGUGGGAUGGUUUUGUACACACUUGAGCGUAUUGUGUGUAACUACAGCACAGUUUUUUCCUUAAACUGAACAUUAACGCAGUUUAUGUUCAAAUUAGAUUUUCAGAAGGCCAAAUCCAUGUUGUAUACAGAUGCCUUCAAGUGUCAGCUUGAUUGAACUCAAAAUAUGACCUUUGGUUUGAGGUGGAAACAUGCCUUAACAUUUUUGUCCCCGCUUUUUCAAAAUUUUCAAAAUCUUUAUGAGAGUAAAGCCUGAAUUGCAUGUAUUGCAAGAUUAUCCAUUUGUGAAUUAAUUCGUCUGCAUAUUAGUUUGCUUGGCUGUCUUUUCUUUUGAAGUAUGAAUUUUGAUGUGUUUGCUCAUAAACAGUUGUGAAAAUCUUGGAAAAUUUCAGAUGUAAACUGCCACUGGGGACCAUAUUUUAAAGUUGCUAUUCAUCAUUCCCGAUCACAGUAAGGUGGUGUAAUUUGCAUCAAACCUCAGCCUUCAUUAAAAACUUACAAAGAAUAAAAUGAAAUAACUGCCUCAGGGAAAGCUGUUCACACCAUAAUGUCUUGUCACACUGUUAUAUGUUUGUCAUGUUCAUGUGACUGCUGGUGGGCGGUUUUUCAAAGUUUAUUUUGGAAUGUCAUACUUUUUUUUUUCUUAACUGUAAUGGAGGUAGGAUAAUGUCAUCAGUGUAUGUUCUUUUAAGCGUGUUAUCUGAAGGCUGCUUCAUGUUUUUCCUUUUUAAUGUCAGUCAGAUCAUUGCUUAUCUCUGAAUAAUAAAAAGGUUUAUGUA